CACUUUUGGUUGAUUUUAAAAUGCAAUAACAUGACAGUCAAUUUAUUUAGUGGGGUAUGAAGAUCACAAAGAAAUGGGAGCAAUUUGUGGAUGCAAGAGAAGCAAUGUCGUGCAGCCAAGUAGUUCAGUCAAGACCAACCAUUCUAGUUCUGCAGCAAGCAAGCAUUUCGGAGGAGCUUUGAUUCUCGAUCUCACAGACUCUGGUAGUUUAUCCAAGCACUCUUUAGCUGAUACAAACUACAAUAACAAUAAUGCAAGCAGCUCAGAGCAAGUACAGCAAGCUGCUGGAGCAAUGCUCAAUGAAGACAGUGUGCUGAAGAAAUACAAUUUGCAAACUGUUAUCGGAGAAGGAUCUUUUUCGAAAGUGUUUAGAAUUGAGAACAGACAGACCGGUGAAUACUUUGCCCUCAAGAUAACUGACAAGGCAAAGUCGCUUGAAUCUGGUAUGCCAUGCUAUAAGAGAGAGCUUGCAAUCCUGAAAAGAGCAAGACAUCAAAACAUCAUCACUUUGCACGAAGUUUUCCAUUCUAAUUCUAAACUAUAUCUCAUUCUGGAACUUGCUUCGGGAGGCAAUCUAUUUGACAGGAUUAGUUCCAGCGGUGCUUACAACGAACCUCUUGCUCAGCGCACACUCAGUAUGAUCACCAAUGCUCUCUCCUACCUUCAUCGUGUGGGCGUUACACAUCGAGACUUAAAACUGGAAAACCUACUCUACAAAAACUCAAGAAAAGACUCUAAAAUUCUCAUAUCGGAUUUCGGAUUGAGUCACAUGACGGAGGGAGAUGCUAGUCGAAAUGUCAUGUGGACUACAUGUGGUAGUGAAGAGUACAUAGCUCCUGAGGUACUGGAUGGUCUGGAGUAUUCUAACGCCAUUGAUAACUGGGCUCUUGGAGUCAUCACGUAUGCUGUACUGUGCGCUUACAUGCCCUUCACUGACCAGAACAGGGCAAGACUACACCAGAAGAUACUGUCUGGAAUGGUGUCCUUCAGAGAACAGCCAUGGACAGAAGUGUCACCCCUGGGCAAAGAGUUUAUUUGCAAGCUACUGGAGGUGAACCCUGACCUCAGACUAACAGCCUCACAAGCAUUGGAACACCCAUGGCUGUAUGAAUAAGACCGAACAUUCUGAUUCAUGCUUUUUAACCCAUCAAUUUAAUUCUAAGAAAUCACUUAAUUAAUUAUUGUAAUCAGACUGUCAUAUCUCUCACCACUCUCACUGAACAGGUUUCACAUGCUUUCAUAUCACCACCACUACUGAAACAAACAGUUUUCAAUUA